AUGCGCGGCCGCGACUUCUAUGCGCGUAUAAUCGACCUUCCAUUCGGCCUUGUUCUAAAGACCACUUCCACGAUGCCCCGCGGCGCCGCCCAGGAGGCCGAAAUCAUACGGUUCGUCCAGCGCCACACCUCCAUCCCCACGCCCCGCGUCGUCGCUUCCGCGACAGGGUAUGGCCACCAUUACCUGUUGAUGAAGAAGGUCGCUGGCGAAAACCUGCAGCGCGUAUGGCCAACUCUGGAACCCGCCCAGCGAACCAGGAUCGUCGAGCAGCUGCGCGCGUUCAUAUCCCAGCUGCGCUCGCUCCCGCCUCCUCACGGCCGCACCGUUUGCUCCCUCAACGGUGCUCCCCUUCGAGAUUUCCGCAUCACCGGCGAGGGGCCGGUAGGGCCGUUUGCGGACGAGGACGCGUUCAACGACCGUCUGGUCGAGACGUCGGCCCCUUUCUACAAGAGAGCCACCCGCGCGGAGUUCCGUGCGCGUAUGCGCGGGGACCACUCCAUUGUCUUCACGCAUGGAGACAUCGCGCCGCGCAACAUCUUGGUCGAUGGAGACACCAUCGUCGCGUUGCUGGACUGGGAGCAGGCGGGCUGGUAUCCCGAGCAUUGGGAGUUGGUGAAGGCGAUGCGGUGCCCGCCAUACCCCGAGGCUGCAGGUGAACUCUGGGUGGAGCUGGUCAAGGAUAUGUUUGAGAAGGAUUACGACGCCGAGUGGCUGGUCGAGCGCGGCCUUUCGGAGCGCAUAGUGGGGCCUAUAUGA